AUGUCUACGCAACAGGAGAGGAUAGAAGCGAACAGGCGAAGAGCUUUAGAAAGGCUUAAAAGGCGAGGUUUAAUACGACCGGACCAGGCACGAAAGAUUGAGGAUCGAAAUGAAAAACGCCCGAGUAAAAUUCGUCGAGAACUGCAACCAGAAAGUGACUCACAAGAUGUCCCGGUAGAUUUAACGCUGGCAAGAGUCGAAAGAGCCAAGAAAGUUGCUGAAAAAAGGACGAUAGCCCAAGAAAGGCUGGAAAGUAGUGAGAGUAAUUUACGAGAUGCGUCUGGUAAUGAAAACCGGGCCAUGCAACAGAGUGGGAAGCGACCACUCGACCGGAUUAGACCUACAAUUCGUAGGGAAGACUACAUCGAGUACGAUUUUGCAACUAUGAAAAACUCUUACGGUGGGUUCAUCAACGUCGAAGAAACCGAGGAUGGGUGGGAGAACAAAAAGCAGCGGUCACUUGAAGAGUGGCAGAGGGAACAGAAAGAAAGACGUGCGCUGUACGAAAACGCUCCUCCUCCCGAGCAUCCUUCUUUGGCUCCGAGAUGCGUUGAAUGUAAUAUCAAUACGGAGCUUGAUCCACUGCUGCACGACGUAUUCAAACUCCAAAUAUGCAAGACGUGCGCGAAAAACAAGCCCGAGAAAUUUGCGUUGUUGACGAAAACCGAGUGUAAAGAGGACUAUUUUCUGACAGAUCCCGAGCUUAACGAUUCAACUCUUUUCUAUAGACUCGAGAAACCGAAUCCACAUUCUGGGACGUUCGCACGGAUGCAGCUAUUUGUGAGGUGCCAAAUCGAGGAGUUCGCGUUUAAGAAAUGGGGAGGAGAAGAGGGACUUGAUAAAGAAUGGCAGCGUCGCGAAGAGGGUAAAGCUCAAAGGCGAGAAAAGAAGUAUAUCAUGAAAAUGAAGGAAAUGCGUAAGAAAACGAGAGCUCAAGAGUACACGAGAAAUAUGCUAAAGAGAAAGCAUGGCGAAGAACACGUUCAUGAGUUUUCAGCCCCAAUUGAUGGUGGCGUUAAUGAAGACGGCUUUCGAGUGACCAAGAGAAGAUGUAUAACUUGUGGCUUGGAGACUGAAGAGAUUGUAAUAUGA